AUGGAAUUUCUGGACUUCCAAACGUUUUCCACAGCAGACAAUGAUACCAUUGAGGACAACAUUCUGCCGGAACCUGUCCAGCGGCUAGCCUUAUCUGUUGCCAGCACCAAACACCGUGAUGUCAAUGCAGAAGAUAUACCUUUACCGUCCAUAUUAAAAUCGAAGGCCAAAAACAACUCUUCAGCGCCAAACGAACAUGCUGGUGGAUUGCAUCAGAAGAUGGAAGAGUAUGUGAACUUAUCUAUCAAAGAGUUGGGGAAAACUGAGGGCGAACAUGCUCCCAGUUCAAUCUCACCGUUUGGAUCCUCAACGUCCUCCUCCAUGGACAUAAACAAAAUAGUCAACGAAGCUAAUGGAAUGGGACCUACCGACCUAAUCCUCUCUAAGAAAUUAUCUAACGUACUAAACAACUUCAAUCUGAACAACUACCAAUCUGCCCUCAAGCUUAGAAACGCUCUGAAACUUUUAGAAAAUCUUCAAAACACAGGACUCUCCUUGGACAGAGAGAGUCUAAUUACACCUGACUACGUUGGGACUUUAUCAAGGAAAAAUCUGAGGAAUGACCUGGAGACUGAGCUGCUAAAGGAACAUAUAAUUGUACUAGAGGAAUUCAGGCCAAUUGUAAGAAGAAUUAAAAGACUGUCUACAUCCAUUGAAAAUAUCAGAGACGUCAGUGAAUCCAUUCUACCAAACCCUAGUAUAAAUGAGAAUGACACAGAGACCACCUUUCUUAAAGAUAUUGACAAGAUACGUGCGCAAAUGGACCAGUUGAAACUUAAAAAGGAACUCCUACUCGCGAUCAAGGACAAAUUUACUAUUGACCAAGUUGAAGACGAUAUCAUUCAAAACAGCCCCGUUGACGAGCGAUUCUUUGAAGUCGUGGAGAAGGUCGAACUAAUAAAGGAUAAUGCGUCUUGUCUGUUCAGUUUGCCGGACUCAUCUGCCGGUACGGCGUUGCUGACAAGACUAAACGAUACAACCCAAACCAUCAACAGAAAAAUUUACAAUCAUCUCUUGGAUUUUCUCUACUCUUACGACAACGGUCAAAACAGUGAACAAUUGCCCCUCUUUCAGAAGAGUCUGGCAUACCUCUCAAACGAUCUUACCUAUUUCAACGAGUUUUUGAAACGGGUUACUAAGGAAAGGUCGAAACUUAUUUUGGAUGAGUUUUUAUCGCAAUUUGAUUUAAAUGUGAAAGAUAAAAGACCAAUAGUGUUGAAUGCACACGACCCGAUCCGUUAUGUUGGCGACGUUUUGGCUAGCGUGCAUGCCCUAAUUGCCAACGAGGCGGACUUUGUAAGGACACUAUUUGAUUUCACCAACUCUGAAAAUGGUAUGGCGGAUCUGAAUAACGAAUUCUUACAAGGGUUAGAUGUUAAGCUAUUGAAUGAGAUAGUUAAAUCGUUAGCAAACUCAUGUCGAAUCCGCAUAGAACAAGUGGUUCGAUUUGAGGAGAGCUGUAUCAUUAAUUUUGAAAUUAUCCAACUACUGAAACUAUACAAAUUAAUGUUUGUGAAGAAACAAAUCAAAGCCACGAAUCCCUUGGUUGUCAACUUGGGCACUUUACAUACCGUUGCUCAUGAAAAGAUAGUUGAAUACUUUGUGAAAUUACUGAAGGGGAGUGCUGAAACAGCAGAGAGUAGCGACCAAUCUGAUCUAUUGCCACCGACCUGGUUAUCAGACUAUGUUAGCCAAGUUGUAGAGUUUCUCGAAGUUUACGAAAAAAGUUUAUCCAAUGUGGACGACGACAACGACGACGAAGAGAUAGAAAAAGAAAAGACCACAUUAGAGGAAAUUGUAGCCAAGAUAGUGGAGUACCCUUUCGAGGAUUUUUUGGCCAAACAGUUACAGUCCGCGUUCCCCUCAGCGAAAAAGCAUGAAGAAACUCAAUUAGCAUUUUUGACUAUGCAGUUGAACUGCUUCGAUUUGAUUAAAACAAGAUUACAGAUAUUCUCGACGUCUAUAUUUUCCAAGACUGAAAAAUGCCAGCGAGUACUUCAAAACAUUAACAACAAACUAACAAUAUCUAUAGAACAGAUGAGGGAGCUACAGACUAAGUUCUUGUUUGAGAAAACGGGUCUUGGAAUGUACAACAACUUACUAAACAUGAUUUUCCCGAUCGACCAGGUGAAGGACGAGCUUGACUACAAUAUGUACUUCUCGUUGAACGACAAUGGGCUAAUGGCACUUCCUACCAUCAGAUCCAAUGUACACGACAAACUGAACGAGUAUCUACCUCAGGCUCUCACCGACGUUCAAGAGAAUCUACUUUUCAAGUUGGCUUCUCCAACCAUAGCCAGUGAGAUCUCUGAGUACUGUUUCAGCAAGCUUUCACAUUUCUACUGUAUCUUCAGAAGAGUCUUAAACCAUAUAAACCCAGAUAACGAAGACGAGGUGGGUACAAUCUUGAAUUUCUCGGAGGAUGAGUUCAACAUGCUAGUUGGUAUCGAAGAUUGA